UCGUCACUAAGGUUUCAUUUGAUAGUAAACUUAAUAAAGGUGUUGACUAUCCUUCACUGUAGAUCCUGCACUGUGGAUGAUUUUCCAUUUUACAGCAGUAUAACGGAUUCAACCAUGUCUCUCAACAUAAUCACGGUGACCCUCAACAUGGAUUCGGUUAAUUUCCUGGGCAUCUCGAUCGUAGGCCAGUCAACCAAAUCAGGCGACGAUGGCAUCUAUGUGGGCUCCAUAAUGAAGGGUGGUGCUGUCGCUCAGGACGGUCGCAUCGAGCCAGGUGACAUGAUUCUUGAAGUAAAUGGUAUCUCAUUCGAGGAAAUGAGCAAUGAUGACGCUGUUCGCACCCUGCGAGAACAGGUUCAGAACCCAGGGUAUGUUUACAAUAUUUACAUGCCUCUUAUUACCUUCUAUGCAGUGCACGGAGCACUACUGCAAAUCCAAUUCUGGGACCAAAAGUUUUUUUCACAUAAGCACAUUUGUUUUUGGAUGCAACAAUUUCCUCCGAUGUUUAAUAUCAGUUGUGUUUUAUCAUAUUUGACGGUAUUGAAAAAAAUUAGCCAGGGAAUACAAAAAGGACCAAUAAUUUCUCUCAUCUAA